AUCUCCUCUAAACAUUUGCGAUUUUAAUCGCCAGUAUUUCAAAUUCAAUCUUCAUUUCUUCACUUUUUUACCAUCGAAUUAAAGGUUCCAUUUUGUAAUUUAGCCCAAAUCAUUUCUGGGUUUUGUUCAGGAAUCAUAAAUAUAGGUUUUUGAAUAAAAAAGUUUCUAACUUUAUAAUCAAGAUCUAAUUUUUAGAUGUCAAUUGUUGGAUAUUCUGGCUCACAAUUAUCAUAUUGGUGUUAUAGAUGCAAUAGGUUUAUAAAUGUUUUGAUUAGCCCUGAAGAUUCAUCUUUGAUUUGCCCCAAUUGUAAUUUAGGAUUUAUAGAAGAAAUUGACCCGACCCAAUUACCCGGAUCGAUUCUUUCGGAGUCCAUCCGGCGUCGUUUUCCGGCUGCGGCUAUGUACACGGCCGGAAACGAGCAAAACCCGACGAGCCCCAACGUUAACCCUAACUCGCCGGUGUUGCGGCGAGCUAGACGGAACACGGGUGAACGGUCACCGUAUAACCCGGUUAUUGUCUUUAGGGGGUCUAAUAGUAAUGGGGGUACACCCGAAGCGUCGGUAGAGUCGGCUACAGGAAGAGGGUUUGAGCUGUAUUAUGAUGAUGGGGCCGGGUCGGGGUUGAGGCCAUUGCCUGCAAGUAUGUCUGAGUUUUUGUUAGGGUCGGGUUUUGAUAGGUUACUUGAUCAGUUGGCUCAGAUUGAGGCAAAUGGGUUGGGGAGAAUUGAUAGUAAUCCGCCGGCUUCAAAGGCUGCUAUUGAGUCCAUGCCUACAGUUGAGAUUGAAGAAAGUCAUAUCGUUAGUGAUCCACACUGUGCAGUUUGUAAAGAUCCGUUUUGUUUAGGAACUGAAGUUAAAGAAAUGCCGUGUAAGCAUUUGUACCAUUCGGAUUGUAUUUUGCCAUGGUUGGCAAUGCGUAAUUCUUGCCCUGUGUGUCGUCAUGAACUGCCAUCAGAUAAUCAAGAUUCCGUAGCGAUCAAUGAUGUUAAUGAUAAUGAAGAAGAAGCUGUUGGGUUAACAAUAUGGCGGUUGCCUGGUGGUGGGUUUGCUGUGGGGAGAUUUUCUGGUGGGAGGAGAGGUGGUGAAAGAGAAUUUCCAGUUGUGUUUACAGAAAUGGAUGGUGGGUUUAAUACCAAUGGUGUUCCUAGGAGGAUUUCAUGGGCUUCAAGAGGUAAUAAUGGUGCUAGAGAACGUGGUCGAUUUAGGCGAGUCUUGAAUAGUUUGUUUUCCUGCUUUAAUGGUGGUGGUGGAAGGGCAGUUGGCUCAAGUUCUAGGCCAAGCGCGGGUGGUUCUUCAUGGCUGCACAGGGCUUGGGGUUUGGGUGCAAAUAGUGGGGUUUCGAGACAGUGAACCUUAGUCAUAUUGUAUGUUCAAUGAAGCGGGUAAGUUAUUGUUGGCUGUAAAUAUGAGAAUGCAAUGGAGUAUAAUUCGAAAUGGAGAUUUGAAGAAGGUAAAGGUGUGCCUGUGGGUUAUCUAACGUGAAAUGGAAAUGAGAUUUACAAAGCUGAAGAUAUGAAGUACUAAUGCUGCAAGAAGAUGGUAUACUUGAAUGGAACUUCUUCAUUUGUCGUACUUUCGUAAACACCCUUCUCCAUCUAACCUGAUAUUGUGGGCAAAAACUGUAGAAUUUUAUCUUUGAACAACCUUGCAUAAUAUUUAUGCUCUCAGAAGCUUAGCAGAUCAAUAAUGCACAAGAAAAAAUUGUUCUUUGGGUUGUAGCCUUUUAAACUGGGAUAAAAGGCGGGAACCAUGUCUUUAAGUGCAUUGUUUUAAAUUAUUAAAGAUUUUGAAGAUUUCUUCCAAA